CGGCCUGGCUCUGGGGCCCUGGGCUGCCACAGCCGGCUCGGAAUGUGGGCCAUGACAAGGCAGCAGCCCAGGCCCCUCCCCUCACUGCCCUACUUCCCAGGCCCAGGCGUUGGGAGAAGUAGGGGGCAAAGGACAUGGGCGGCAGGGCCCGUAUGACAGAGAGCCUCAGUGAUCAAAGACUCAGAACCACAGAACGCUGAAAACAGAUCAUCUCAGAAUUUUGGAAAGUCCGAGCAUCUCGGAAUCUUAGGCACCAAGAAACAGAAUCUUUGAGAACCCUGAAAUCCGAACUCAUAAUAACCACCAUUUAUCAAACUCUGAGAAGGCGCCAGGCCGUGUGCUAAGCAUUUAACACAGGUUAUUUUUGGUAACUCUCACCACCUCCGCCCCAUUUUACAGAUAAGGAAGUUAAGGCCCAGAGAGACUGACUCACCCAGGGUCAGAGGAACAUAACCCAGGGCUCGGGUUCCUUGGCCCAGAGCACAUUCUAUGACACUGGGGAGGAAGUGGGGAGGAGACAGGCACCGAGCUGGUGUGGUCCCUUGCUGGCCAGCGGAGGGGCUGGCUGAAUGAGUGUGGGCUUAGGAGACCCAGUUCAUGGACCUCCGCAUUUUCAGUCUGUCUCCCCUGGUAAGACCUGAGUGCCAUUAAGAAGGGACUUGGCCUCAACUGUGUCUGCUGCGGCCAGGACAGUGCCUUUAGAUUUCUGUGGCUUUGUUGAAGGAAUGAACACCCAGACUUCCCACCCUCAGCCCUCAGUCAAGGCACUUUGGGGGCACCACUUGCCUGCAGGAACUCCGAAAUCUCAAACUAGCUGUGGUAAGGGGCCAGUUUCCAUUUCCAGUCCGUCAUGGACCAGUACUUUUGUAAGAUAGAUGAAAACUAGAAAAGUGAAAGGAAAAAAACAUACAGAGUACAAGCCCACAGUUUGUAAUACCAGGUUAAUUAGACAUAAAAUUACAUUUCAAUGAAUGUCAUCAGAACAGAAAAAAAAUGACAAAACCAUUCGUUGAAAGUGAGCAAACUGACGAUACAUACAGGGAGUUGCUACUGUGCUCGUAACUUUUUGGCAUUCCACAAUCUUAACUAAACAGAAAGUUAUUCCAGAAGCGGUGAUUCUCCAUAUCGUAAGACCGUAUCAGGAGCCAGCACGGCAGAGCCCACAGGCCCGCUGCAGCCCCCGAGUUAAGAAGAGUUUUUAUAUUUUAGUAGUGGUUGGAAAAAAGUCAAAGAAUAAUAAGAUAAUAAACUUCGGGACACAUUAAAAGCUUAUAAAAGUCAAAUUUUAGUGUCAACAAGUCACGUUUGGUUAACUGAUUAUUCAUUAAAUUUCCAACAGAGCCACCCCCACUCAUUUGUAUGUUGAUUUUGGUUGCUUGGCGAUAGAAACGACAACAGCAGAGUUGAGCACUUGCAACAGAAACCACAUGGUCCUCAAAACCUAAAAUCUUUGCUGUGGGCCCUCUCCAGAAAAGCUUACCAACCCUCAGUCUGUAUGAACACUGGCAGAACACUCUGUUGUGGCGGUGAAAAGUCUUUGGAGAGUCUGAUUCCUGUUCCUCGGGCUCUGGGCCUCCAGAGGCUGAGGCCACCAGCUUCCCCUGGCCUGGGGGGGAGGCUAGCAAGGAUGCCAUCCAGCCACCCACCACCCGCCUCGACCACGCUCCACACCUCUCGGAAGGCGAUGCGCAGCUCCCGCACCCCCAACAUGUGUGCCGUCUCCUCCCUCAGCUUUGGGCCCAUCAUUUCCACAAACUCCUCGAAGUCCACACGGCCACCCACUGCGGACCCAGGCAGAGCGUCACAAUGGCGCCCUCUCUGUGUCCAGAGGUACACUAGGGACCUCAGAUGGACGCUGCUAUAGAAGCCAACCUGGGUGCUGCUGGCCUCAGGCCCCGCACGGAGCUGGACGACGAGGACUACUACCCCCAGGGCGGCUGGGACACAGUCUUCCUGGUGGCCCUGCUGCUCCUGGGGCUGCCAGCCAAUGGGCUCAUGGCGUGGCUGGCCGGCUCACAGGCCCGGCAAGGAGCAGGCACACGCCUCGCUCUGCUCCUGCUCAGCCUGGCCCUCUCUGACUUUUUGUUCCUGGCAGCAGCAGCUUUCCAGAUCCUGGAGAUCCAGCACGGAGGGCACUGGCCACUGGGGACAGCUGCCUGCCGCUUCUACUACUUUCUAUGGGGUGUGUCCCACUCCUCUGGCCUCUUCCUGCUGGCAACCCUCAGCCUGGACCGCUGCCUGCUGGCGCUGUGUCCACGCUGGUACCCUGCGCAUCGCCCGGCCCGCCUGCCCCUCUGGGUCUGCGCCGGGGUCUGGGUGCUGGCCACACUCUUCAGUGUGCCCUGGCUGGUCUUCCCCGAGGCCGCCGUCUGGUGGUACGACCUGGUCAUCUGCCUGGACUUCUGGGAUAGUGAGGAGCUGCCGCUGCGGAUGUUCGAGAUCCUGGGGGGCUUCCUGCCUUUCUUCCUGCUGCUCGUCUGCCACGUGCUCACCCAGGCAGCUACCUGCAGGACCUGCUGCCACCAUCAGCCUAGGCCCACAGCCUGCCGUGGCUUUGCCCGUGUGGCCAAGACCAUAUUGUCAGCCUAUGUGGUCCUGCGGCUGCCCUACCAGCUGGCGCAGCUGCUGUACCUGGCCUUCCUGUGGGACAUCUACCCCGGCUACCUGCUCUGGGAGGCCCUGGUCUACUCCGACUACUUAAUCCUGCUCAACAGCUGCCUCAGUCCCUUCCUCUGCCUCCUGGCCAGUGCCGACCUCCGGGCCCUGCUGCACUCAAUGCUCUCCUCCUUCGCAGCAGCUCUCUGCGAGGAACGGCCAGGCAGCUUCAUGCCAGCCGAGCCACAGGCCCAAGUGGACCCUGGGGGUCAGACUCUGCCAGGGCCAACAGCUGAGGCCCAGCCACAGAUGAACCCUACAGCCCAGCCACAGGUGAAUCCCAUGGCCCAGCCACAGGCGAAUCCCACAGCCCAGCCACAGGCGAAUCCCAUGGCCCAGCCACAGCAGAAUCCCACAGCCCAGCCACAGGUGAACCCUAUGGCCCAGCCACAGUUGGAUUCUGUGGUCCAGCCACAGGCAGAUCCCACAGCCCAGCUGCAGUCAGAGUCUGUGGUCCAGUCUCAGCUGGACUCCAUGGCUCAGCCACAGGCAAGCCCUGAGGCCCGGACCCCCGGAACUGCUGCCAGCUCAGUUUCCAGCCCCUGUGAUGAAGCCUCCUCUGUCCCAUCCACAGAUGCCCCACCAGAGGCCCCUGAGGACCUGACCACGCCCGCUGCCUCCACAGGAGAAAGUCCUGGUAGUGACCCCCAAGAGGACGACCCCAGUGCAGGCCCCACGUGAGCGUCUAGGAGAGCCCGGGCCCACCAGGGCAGAGGAAGAGCCAGAGGGAGACGGAGGAAGCAGCAGUCAGGGAGGAGGGGAGCCGUGGAGGAAAUCACUGUGGAAAACCCCACCAAGGCCCCGAGGCCUGGCAGGAGGACUCAGGGGAAGUGAAAAUGAAGCGGCCAAAAGUCCCAGAUGGUUUGUUGUGAGCGUCACGUCCCUGCCCAGGUCCGACCAAGCUCUUCCAUGCUUGCCCCCACCACAGUGGCUCAACAGCCCCCUGAGUUGUCACAGCUGAUGGUGUCCUGCUGGGCCCUGCCCCCAACACCCCCAGACCCCACCAAUGAUUUCCUCCUUUGCCUCCAUCCUGCAGGAGAAGACUGCAGGGGGGAUGUCUCCAGGCUUGAUCUGAUCUCCCUUUGAUCCUUCCCUCUCUCCCCUCCCCCGCCCCAUCCUCUAACCUGGGCACGAGGAGGAGGACAAAGGAGGAAGACCCGGCAGAGAAGGGAGGCAUUCAGGAGCCGGCAGGAGCCCCGGGGCCCUAGGAGCCCACAAGCUGGGCAGGCAUGGCCAAGUCCUCUCCACCAGCUGCCCGCCUCCAGCAGGCUGCGAGGCCGGGCAGGACUUGUCCCAGCAAGCUGCGGGAGCACAGGCGAGAGCUACGAAGCCUGGAUUCAAAUCCGGCUCCAGGGGACUCUGGACAAGCGGCUUCACCCUCUAAGCUCCUGUUCCAUCCGCCAUCGUGAGGAUUCAAGGAGAAAGUGUGUGAGGUGCCCAGCCAGAGCCUGGCACACAGUCGGGGCUCAGGGAACAGAUGCUCUUCCCUCACUGGCACCCAGGGAUGCCCCUCUAGGGGCUGGGGAUGGAUAGGAGGAGGCACCUAUCGCAGCAUCUGGGAGCCUGUGAGCUUCGGGGCAGAUCAGCGGUGCCCAUGACCAGUUCCGGCCUGUAGACAUCCAGGUGGCCCAAGAUCAUGGGGCCACCUCUGUGCCUUGGGCAGCUUCAGGGGACUCUAGGUUCUGCUCCAUUUAAGGGUUCAACUAGUGUUCACCUGCCCCCCACUGCCCACCAUGUUGGGGCCCAGAUAGAGUGUGCUGGUCCGCCCUCCGUCUGAGCUCCUUCUAUGCGCUCAGCCCAGGGGCAGGGAUGGGAAUGUGUCCAAGCAGAGAGCUCUGGAGACCAGUGGCACCAGAAAAGGCACAGGCCCCCAGGAGGUCACCCAGCGUCUCUUCCCUCUCAAGCUGCAGACGCUGCAAGAAAUACUAGGAAGUGCUGAAGGUCUAUUUUCCAAUCCCCACCCCACUUCCCUUUUAUACCCAUCACUCUCUUGGGACACCCAUCCCACCCAGCUUUCUCUCAGCCCCCAGCGUUCCCAAAUCAUGAAGCUUUUCCCCUUGUCACCCCCUCCCCCAUCCUUUCCCAUUAGCUCAGCCUAUGACCUUUAGCAGCUGAGAGACGCCCUUACCAGGAGGUGUAAAUGGCGAUGACAUUUUCUGCGUCAGCCUUCCCUGGAGUGCUUGCAUUUUAAAAGGGCAGCAGGCUGUGCAGGCAGAUCUGGGUUCUGGUUUCUCACUCUCUCUUCACCUCGGUUUUCUCCUCUGUAAAAUGGGGUGAUAACAUCCCCCUGCAAGGUUGGCUGCUGUUCUCAUUAACUGAGCCCGGGGACGGAGCCCUGCUGGGGGAGGGUGGUGAGACCAGCAUGUCCGGGUGAUGGAAUUGUGGGCACUGAGGCCGGUUGGAGAGAGAAAUCUGGACAGGCACAAAUUUGUUGAGUUCAUUCAUUCAGCAAAUAUUUAUCGAGCACGUGCUGGCACCUUUCCAGCCAGCCUUCCAUUUUGGAGACACACGGGUGGGGUUAAGGGCAUGGCCUCUGGUGCCCCUAAGGGUUCCUCUGAAUCCUGGCUCCACCCCUCACCAGCUGUGUGACCUUCAACAAGGCUCUUGGCCUCUUUGGGCCUCAGUUUCCUCAUCUGUAAAAUGGGAAUCAUAACAUGGCUCCCAUUUCCUAGGAGCGUUAAUCCCUGUGAAGUGCUUCGAUCCUUGCCUGGCACAGAGCAAGUGCUUAAUAAUUGAUAGCCAUUAGUUUGAUUAUACCAGUGGGCACCCAGGCCUCAGUCAGGCCUGGGACCAGCACUGACCCACGGGCCACAGCCCCCCGUGACAGCAUCCUGUCCACCAGGCAUUCUUCCCUCCGCCACACUGCCUCCUGCUCCACAGAAACGCUUUCACACUCCCUGUUGGAGAGCACAUUCCCUGAGGGCAGGGUCUGGACUGAUGCCCCCUUGGGGAGCUCAGGACUGUCCCUCUCCCUUCUCCCAGGUAGGGGUCCCAAAGCUUCGUCAACAGGGCAAGCAGAUCCUGGACUGAGACCUGAGUGCCAGGCACCUGCCUUCAACUCUGGUCUACACUCCCAACCCCGCCUCUUGGAAAAUGGGCCAGCCCCACCUCCAAGGUGCCCGAGGGGAGUCCCACCCAUAUUAGGUAAUCUCUAUCCAGGAGAAAGAGCGGCACCAGGAAGGGUUUUGUGGGAUCAGGAGGAGUCCUCCUGGUGGCCCGCAGAGGAGGGUUUCGUGUUGGAGGAAACAUGCACACCCAAGGCCAGAGGGGAUGAGGGAAGGGCUCAUCCCCGCACUCCACAGCCCCUCCACCUCACCCCAAACCCCCCGCCCCCAUGGGGCUGGGCUCCUGUUGCCCUCCGGGGGACCGACCCUUCUCCAGGUGAGAGACACCCCUCCCUCUCCCUCGCAGGGACCAGACGUGGAUUCUGAGAGUUGUGAAUAUGAACAUUUUUCAAGUCUCCAUUCA